CUCAGAUAUGAAUAUGUCUCCUCCAGAUCCCCCAAGAUCUUGUGGCGAGUUGUUGGCACGAAUGGAACCCUUCAAAUUGAGCGAGGAUUCCAAGGACAACACGGAUACCUGGUUUCAUUAUAUGAUGCUAAUGGACAAUGCAAAAGCUCAUUUUUCCCAUUCAGUGGAGUAACUGAAGAAUUAAAAGCUUUUUUUAAUGAUGUUUCUGAAAACACCCUCAAGAAGGGUAGUCAGUUUGUACCCGAGCACCGCCUCUCUUUUGUGGAGGGUGCGAGAGACGUUGCUCUUUUAGAGGCAAUGCUUAAAUCUGGAUCAAGGCAGGGCAAGCAAGUUCAAGUGAAAAAGUUUUGA